UCAUUAGAAUAAUAUUGGAGUCGCUUUCAGAGUUUGUCCAAUUUCACAGCAUAACAAAUUUAUAAUAUUUAUAAACAUACAAGUUUUAGAUUGACUUGGUCACAAUAAGAGUUCUAAACUCUUUAUAACUCCUAAGUCCUAACAAUAAUUGAUACAACAACAUGUCAGUGUAUAUCAUCAACUAUUUCAAGUCUCCAAUUAAGUUUUUGUGGGGUUUGAGUAUGAAGAUGAAGCUUUUGUUAACAGUCGGCACUUGCUUAGUACUUUGGUCGGUGAUGUUAGUAUCUUUCUCAAACGUCUUCAAACACCACCUUCUUGGCGCUAUAGUCAACGGUUCAAAUGAUUCCGACAAACCUAGGGAUAAACUGUUAGAAGGUCUUUUAACUGCUGAUUUCGAUGAAGAUUCUUGCUUAAGUAGGUAUCAGUCUUCCUUGUAUCGCAAGCCAUCUCCUUACAAGCCUUCUCAAUAUCUUGUCUCUAAGCUUAGAAGCUAUGAGAAGCUUCACCAGCGUUGCGGUCCAGACACAGAAGCUUACAAGCAAGCAACAAAGAAUCUUGGUCAUGAUGAUGAGAAUUAUGCAAACAAGUCCGUUGGUGAAUGCAAAUACAUUGUGUGGGUCGCGGUUUACGGUCUUGGAAACAGAAUACUAACUCUUGCCUCAGUCUUCCUCUACGCGCUCUUGACAGAGAGAGUUGUCCUUGUUGAUCAAAGCAAAGACAUAAGUGAUCUCUUCUGCGAGCCGUUUCCAGGUACUUCAUGGUUACUCCCUAAUGAAUUUCCAUUGAUGAAUCAGAUCGAUGGCUACGACAAAGGAUACUCUCGUUGUUACGGAACAAUGUUGAAGAAUCAAACAAUUAACUCCACUUCAAUCCCGCCGCAUCUGUAUCUUCACAUCCUACAUGAUUCAAGAGAUGAAGACAAGAUGUUCUUCUGCCAAAAGGAUCAAACUAUGAUGAACAAAGUCCCUUGGUUGAUUGUCAAAGCCAAUGUCUACUUUGUUCCAUCUCUAUGGUUUAAUCCAACUUUCCAGACGGAACUAAUGAAGCUAUUCCCGCAGAAAGAAACCGUCUUCUACCACCUGGCUCGAUAUCUUUUUCACCCGACGAAUCAAGUUUGGGGUAUGGUCACAAGAUCCUACGAUGCUUAUUUAUCAAGAGCAGACGAAACACUUGGGAUACAAGUAAGGGUUUUCAGCAGACGCGCUGGUUAUUUGCAGCACGUCAUGAACCAGAUUGUAGCAUGUACACAAAGGGAGAAACUGUUGCCUGGACUAGCUACACAUGAAUCACAAGUCACCAAUACAUCAAGAAGCAAGAAACUUAAAGCUGUUCUUGUCACAUCACUGUAUCCAGAGUACUCUAAUAACCUCAAGAAUAUGUAUUGGGAACGGCCAACUUCGACAGGAGACAUAAUAGAAGUCUAUCAGCCAAGUGGAGAAAGGUUUCAGCAAACAGACAAGAAGCUUCACGACCAAAAGGCGCUCGCCGAGAUGUAUCUUUUGAGUUUAACUGAUAACACUGUCAUAAGCGCAAGGUCUACGUUUGGAUAUGUUGCUCAUAGUCUUGGAGGGUUAAAGCCAUGGUUACUCUAUCAACCAACGAGAGGUAAAACUCCUGAUCCACCAUGUGUUCGUGCUGUAUCCAUGGAGCCUUGUUUCCUUACUCCUCCCACUCAUGGAUGUGGAGCUAAGAAGAGAACUAACUCGGCCAAAGUCGUGCCUUUUGUGAGACAUUGCGAGGAUCUUUGGCAUGAUGGGCUUAAACUAUUUGAUGAUACUAAAGAUGAGUUAUAGAUGGUGUUACAAAAAAAAAGAUGUUAUUCCACUGAAAACAGAGAAACUUAAAUGAAUUUUUAUUGUAUGUAAAGAAAAAUAUAUAUUUGUAUAGAGUACAGAUGUCUUAAAAAAUAUAAUUUGAUUCAAUGAAUCAAUUUCUUUACUAAGCAUUUUGCAAAAAAAAAAAAAAAGUUCUUUAGUAAGUAGUCAAGUAUGAAAUCGAAUUGUCGAUAUUACCUUCUUUUUUUGUUUUCUUUUGACAGGCGUCAAAUAUUAUCUUACCUAUUAAAUUGUCAAUAAAUAUCACUAAAUUAAAUUAAAUUUUUAUCUUAAAAUUUGAAUUUAAUCCGUUAAGCUUUGUAUAUACUUAUUAGUAUUUAAUCCGUUACAAAUAUGGAAAUAAUCCGUCAAACUUUUCGUAGAAAAAAGUCAAUAUUACCUUUACUGUUUUUAAUACUACCUUAUUUCAUAUAGUAAUUAGCAGAUUGAUAUCUAAUUAAUACAAAUUCAAAGCGUGUAUUUACUGAUUUUAUAUAGAUGCGAAUGUUUAAAACCAAGAAGCCCUUUUUCUUGAAAAAUAAAUCCAUGUUUUUGGUUUAUGGUCUUCAUGAACAUUUCUUAAGUUCUAUGUGUUUUGAAUUAAUAAAUAAAAGAAAUUACCGUUUGUUUGUUGACUGAUUAACAAUAUGGAUACCAAGCAACCACUUGAUUCAGACGAUGAGGAACAAACGUAUUAUCAAAGAUCAAUUCAACCAAAACCAGAUCAAUGGAAAAAGGUACAUAAGUUAUGAGUUUAUAUAGUGUUUAUCACUUUUUAUUUGUUUCCUGUUCAUAUUUAAGCUCACGUCUCAACAUGUGUAAUUAUGUAUAUAUCAAAACACGAAUAAAACAAAUCAAUUGAUACAAAUGUUAUAUCAAGAUUAUAUCAAUAUUGAUAGACUGUAAUGGAGGAGCCUGCUCAAGAUCUAAAUCCACAUCAAUUUUAAUUUUCUAUCAUUCAUCUAUGCCUCUAAAAAUUCUAACGUGACUUUAAAUUUAAUGUGAAAUUAGUUGAACAAAGUUUUCUAAGAAAUUAUCAAAGUUGUCCUUUUGAUAUACAAGUUGUCAUAUGGUAAAAGCAUUCAAGACAAUUACUGUAUCUUUAGUUGAAUUGGAAGCUCGAGUUAGGCCGUUCUAGGAAGCUCGUGUUCGGCCUGUAAACUAUAUAGAUAAUACAUCAAAUGUGAUGUUAUUGUAUAGAGUCCAAGUUUUGAACAUAAAAUCGUUUGUUGAUAGUUCAAAACAAGUCUCUCACUUGCCAUUUCUUACGUUAAUUAAAAUCUAACAUACAGCUUGAUAAUCGAUAAUUCCAAAAAUUACGACUUUUUAUACGUUAACAAAUGUAGAGUCACGUACGGAGCUCGUUUAUAGACACAACCUAACACUGACACAUUGGAAUAUUCAAACUCUUUAUUUAUAAAUAUCAAGUUCCAUCCACUAAAAAUGGAUCACAAUUAAAAAAAGUAUAACCAUACACGCUAGAUUAGACUAAAGUAAU